AUGGAUCUCGAAGGAAAACCCAGCUGCUGUGACAUAAAACAAAUAAGUGUCGGUCUCUACAAGCUAUCAAUAACCCUGUUCUUUCUAUCUGUCAUCUUCAUUCUGCAAAAGACCUUCCGUUCUAGAUUGCCUCCAGGUCCGUUACAACUGCCUAUUCUUGGUAACAUUCACCCGAGCUCUCGGUAUAAUCCAUGGCUGAGGUUCCAACGCUGGCACGAGAAAUACGGGCCAAUUUACAGUCUUCGUUAUGGGAGCCAGACGGUUGUUGUUGUUGGAUCGCACAAACCAGUGAAGGACCUCCUUGAACGUCGCGCCGAUAUUUACAGUUCUAGACCCGCCUAUCGUUAUGGCAAUCGCUAUAUGUCCCGCGGCCUUCAUACCGUUCUACUUCCUUACGGGCCUCAAUGGAGAACGCACCGUCGCAUCCAGAACGCAGCUGUAAAGGAUAGCAUGAUCUCGGGCUAUCGCCAGAUCCAGGACAUUGAGAGUUUGCAGCUUCUGCAUGACUUGUUGGAAGCCGAAGACUUCUCUCCACAUUUCCAUCGCUACUCUUCCGGUGUAAUCUUUGGCAUCCUUUACGGAAAAAGACUGGAGCAUCAUGAUCAAGGCGAAAUACAACAAAUCCGGGACCUAGCCGACGCUACUCUGGAUGCAAUGACCCAGAGAUACGCCAUACUCAUAGACCUGUUUCCCUGGCUGGACUACAUUCCCCGCGUGCUAGCGCCUUGGAAGCGAAAGGGCGAGGAGAUACAUGAAGAAGCGCUUCGCCAUUUUACAAAAAACCUCUUCACUGCUGCGCUAUCGCGGCGUUGGAAUGCAGUGCAGGAAGCCUCCAGCAUAGGGGAUGCCCAGUCACUGGAUAUUGAAGAACUUAGUUAUAUCUUCGGUAUACUUCACGCGGGUGGUGACGAGGCGGCUGCAGAAACUCUCCGAAACUUUGUCAUGGCGUCUGUUCUGCAUCCGAAAACGGUUGCAGAGGCCCAGCGUGAGAUCGAUAAGGUCGUUGGAUCGUGCCCAACUCGCUUACCAACAUUUGACGACCUUCCUAACCUGCCAUAUGUCCGUGCAAUCGUCCAGGAGGUUCUGCGGUGGCGACCGACGUUCCCACUUGGCUUGCCUCAUGCUGUCAGCCAAGAUCAUGAGUAUAUGGGUUAUUCUAUACCCAAGGGGACUGUCAUUAUUCCCAACCAGUGGGCGCUUAACCGCGAUGAGCACCUGUUCCCGGAACCAGAAGAGUACAGACCCGACAGAUGGCUAGCAGUCGAAAAUGGUAGCCAUAGUUCUCCUUCACGCACAGCUCAGUGGGAUUCACUGGCAUCCUUCGGGUUUGGGAAACGAUCGUGCCCGGGAGAAAAACUAGCGAGAAACUCAUUAAACCUGGCAGUAGCUCGCCUACUCUGGGGGUAUAAUUUCCGCCACAAGGUCACUGAACACGGCGACACAGUUCACAUUGAUCCGUGGAGUUACACGCAGAAAUUGAUGGCUGUUGCAUCCCCAUUCGAAGCGCACAUCACAGUACGAAGUCAAGAUCAUGAAAGCCUAAUCAAAUCUAUGUGGUCAGGUGCAGAGAAAGAUAUAGGGGUUAUCCUAGACCAGAUCAGGCCCAAAAAAGGACUGGCUUAG